GGGUGUUUAUCAGAAGCGAAAACACACGUAUACAUGCAGAGAAUUUUUAAAAUAAAAACUACACAUGUGAGUAAGAUUUUGCGGUAAACAGUUAUCGGUGCACUCUCAACAAUGUGCGUGUCCGUCUUUUCAACAAAUGUAUUUGUAAGCCGAACAAAAGUAAACCCCUUCGUUUGCAAUGACCGGAGUUAUCUCGCGGUUCACUUUUAAAUCCACCACUACUCGUUAGUUUGUUUGUAUUUUUAAAGGGAAAACUUUCCUUUUGUCUGACUUUUGCCUUGAAGCAGUUGAAAAUGACCCUAACGUCGAAGACUCCAUGUUUCAAAUCCAAGUUCAUUACUGAGGACCUAACUCAUCUGUUCAGCCAAUCGGACAGUGAGGAGGAGUUUCAAGGUUUCAGUGAAGAUGAGGAGGAAGAGGCUACAGGUUCUCUUGACAAACAGUCAAAGAUGGAGAGGUUGGAUUCAGAGGAAGACAGUGACAUGGACACAGGCUUCUACUCUGAUGGAGAGGACGCUGCUCCACCGAAGAGGAAGAGUCUGUUAGUAGCCCUGAGGUUUCCAAUGAAAAGACUGUCUACCCCCAAACAGAAGCUGUCAGAGAAAAAACUAAAAGAGACAGUCAAAGACACUCCUGCACAGAGCGUCAGAGCAAGACAGAAGGUGAAGGAGGAAGAUGAGGAAGAAGUCAAAGAAGACGUCUUGCCUCAGAGCCUGCGGAAAAGAGACAAAAACAUCCAGGAAAACAAAGCCAUGCUGGCAAAGCUGUUUGCUGAUCUGAGCACCAUGGCUGACCUGACUCUACCCACCACCCCUCAAAAGAAGAAACGGGCGCAAGAGAAAGCGACGGCAAGAAAACGCAAGUUUGAACCGGAGGUGGGGUCAGAAAGGAGGAACCCGUCCCGUAAGGCGCGUCCUCCUGAGAACUUCGCUGUGGAGGAAAAGAGCGAGCCGCUCAGAGUCCCAAGGACUGUAAACAUCAGGAGACUGGUGCUGGUGGACGAGGAGCAUGCAGGUGAGAGACGGAAAAAGAGGAAGAGCCAUAGUUCUACGAGGGUCCAGUACGUGGUGAGGUCGGUAGAUGAGAUCACCAAAGAAGACCUGGACAACAUAGCGUACCGUAGCAAAGACAAGAUCUGGGACAAGGAGAAUGGCAGCUCUUGUCAUCAGUGCAGACAAAAGACUCUGGACACAAAGACUGUGUGUCGCAGUGGAGUCUGCGUGGGGGUCAAAGGUCAGUUCUGUGGGCCUUGCCUGAAGAACCGCUACGGGGAGGACGUACACGAUGUGCUGCUCGACCCGGAUUGGUCGUGUCCCAUCUGUCGAGGGGUGUGUAACUGCAGUCUGUGUCGUAAGAAGGAGGGUCGCUGUGCCACUGGAAUCCUGGUGGGGUUGGCACGUUACAACGGCCAUGACAACGUCCACGAGUAUCUUGAGAGCAUUCAGAAGGAGGUGCAGUAAAGUCCGGCGAGGAGAACCUGCCCGCACAGCUGGAACCCGGAGCAGGCUCCUGAGCUGCACAGUACUGUAGAACUCAAUAUGAUGCACAUUGUUUUUUUUUGGUUUUGAUUAGCCUUCUAUCUUACUCUUGAAACAAAAGCUAAAAAAAAAAAGCUUGUUUAAAAAUGUCACCUUAACAUAAGGCACAUGCACUGUUAAUACAUUUGAUAUAUUCUGAUUUAAGGCUGCAUAAGAUGCAUGCCUGUUUUUAUAGUUUUAAAGUCAGAACUCCAAACAGCUGUAUAUUUUCGUUGUAAUGUUUUACCCCCUGUCUAUUCAGAAAAAUGUCAGGUUUGGUUAUUUUCUGUGUUAUGGAUGCAAAGGAACUUUUUUUUUUUUUUUUAUAGCUGCUGUUUUCUGAAAGUGAGUAACUUCACAGCAUUCUUGUCAAUUCACUGAAUAUUUUAAUAAAGAUGGCAUUAUCUAAAGGA